AUGUCUCCAAAAGUGAGUCAUCACUCUGAUGGGUGUGCACCUAUUAAUGCAUUUAUUGUCAUGAUGAUUGUUGUGUGCUUCUUCGGAAUCCAGGAGGUGGUGAGAGGAGCAGAAUUGAAGAUGAUAUCGCCACUCAAAGACAAAAUUAUGAACGUGCCAUAUUUGCAUCAAAUCACAGAUUAUUCAUGUGGUGAUGCCUCUUUGAAUAUGGUGCUCUCGUAUUAUUAUAGAGAAAAGUUUAUUGAUCAGAGAGCUAUUAUUGAUGUUGCUAGAACUUCAAAUCAUUCAGGAACAUUGAGUUUGGAUGUUGUGAGAGGAGCUAGAUUUUCACCAAUUAGUUCUACUCCUCAAAGUCAACAUUAUAUCCAAUUUCCAGAAGUUUCUCCAAAGAAUGGUUGGUUUGGUUUGGCAAAUAAUUCAUUUGCAUCAAUUCCAGCAAAUAUUUUCGAGCAUUCUGGUUUGGUUACAUUGUAUUAUCCUGAUAGAAAUACCUUGUUGCCAUGUGAACAAGCCAGACAAGAUACCACAACUAAAUGUUGGGUUGAUAGUUUGGUCAAUCAAUUUUUGAAGAAUGAUAUUCCUGUAAUGUGUUUAAUGAAAUUCAAAGAUAGUCCAACAUCUUCAGGACACUAUAGAGUUGCUGUUGGAUACGAAACAUCAAAUAAUCAAGUAUCUCAUAUUAUCAUGUUGGAUCCUUGGGAUAGAGAUGGAAACCCAACUACAGUCAGAUAUUCUGUCAGUGAUUUUUGUAACAUGUGGAAACAUGCAGAGCCAAAUGAUGACAAGACAUGUUUUAAACCAUUCUUUGCAGUUGCUGCAUUCCCAUUAGAUGUUUCAAUGACACCUGUCAAGGAAAAUGAUUUUAACAUUAAGGUCAAAUAUCCAUGUGUUGCACCACCAUCCUCUACAAAGAGAGAUACCAAUCUCCCUCUCACAACAACCAUUCAAAAUUUACAUUUGGAAAUUGCCCUUCUUUCAGCACCAAACUCUCAAGGAAAGGCAACUAUUCUUCACAAUGAACAAAUUCCUCUCAUUGAUUCAUUUGUUCCAUGUGAAACUCAAUCACUCUUUUGGAGAUUACCAAAUAUUGGAAAAACAGUUGAUUCCAUUCGUGUUAUUUCAAAGGGAAUGGUUUGUGAUACAGUUCUGCCUACUGAAUAUGAUAGUGGAAUUUGGAGUCCAGCAUAUAAGUAUUGCGAUUUUGUGGGAGGUAUCUCAAUUAGAAAACUUUAA